CAUUGAGAGAGACGGAGCUGGACUGGCAUUAUGCUGAUUCAAGGAUGCAGGAAGCUCUUAAUUUGCAGAUAGCUGCUGAGGAAGAUGGACUAGAGCUUCUUAAGCAAUUUGCCAAGGAUGCUGCUGAUCGAGCAGAUCUAAUUCAUAGAAAAGCCAAGAAACUUUCUUCCAAAGAUUUAGAGGAUUGGCAAACAUCAAUGGAACUGUUAGAGAUGAGCAUGCUUGAGAUGGAUAUUGAAGCAAAACUCAUAUCAGAUGCACGCUCAACAUUGGAUAGUUACAUUGUUGACGUGGUUAAAGAUGAUAGAGAGGAGGUUGACGAGUUGCUUUCGCAAAGGAGUUGGAUGAGCUUCUGAAUUUAGUUAGAUUGAAGGAAUCAGAGAUUGCUGAGAAUGAAUCUCAGAUCCAUGAAGCAGAGAGAAAUUUUUCAAGUUGUAUCAGAGUUUCAAGAGAAAAGUUCUAGUGUUGACAUUAAGCAUAUGAUAAUUUUAAGUCUGCUAUGUCUCGGAUCGACGCAGAGCGAGGCUAUUAUCAUCAAAAAGAAAUAAUUGAUAAAUUUAUUUCCUUAGAAGAGCAGAAGUGUUUUAAUCUCAGAGAACAUGGCAAUGCUGCUUUGGAAGAAGCCAAAAUCUAUCAGGAUUUGGUUGCAUUAAGAAAAGAAUUAGCUUCAUCCUUCUUAAAGUCCAGAGAAGACAAAUUGCAGUUGGUGAGGACAGAAGAGAGAAUUCUAGAGGAAAUCCAGGUGCUCUGACAACAUAUAAUAUCCAGUGCAGGAACUAAACU